AUGCAGUCGCUUUGGUUCUUGUGCAUUUCCUUGGGCUUUCUCGGCUGGACAUUUGCUGCUAGUGAUGGAUACUUCAACGUAGUUCUCAAGCUGUACUGGGACAUCCAGUACAAGAACUCGUUCGCCACCAUCAAGUUCAAGCAUGCCGGACGCUGCUACAGUUUGGAUUGUGAGUCGCUGGGCGACAAGGCUGCAUCUGCCAAGUGGGACAAGCUCCCGAAUUCAAGCUCGGACACGCUCGUCUUCUACAGUAACGCCGACUGCACGGGCCUCAGAGGGACAGCUCAGCUUGCCAAGGCCGCGGGGGUUACCAAUUUCAAGAAGUUGACAGGCCAGGUGUCAUCGUUCACGGUCAAGACAAAGGCGACUACGAGUAAUGCACCCACCACGCGAAUUAGUUCGAGCGUCUGUGACUGGAUCAGUUUGGGCACCGAAGUUUUUGCGAAAAACCGGUUGGAAUAUCCUUGA